AUGAACUGGACAGGCGGCCGUUUGCAUAGGCACUCGAACGCUGGGAGCUCUCUAAAGCGGAAGCAGGAGCAGCACUUUGCAAAAGUCAAGCAGAAUCUUCUCUUAGGAAAAAGAAGAAUCUCUCCGAAGCAACCUAACCUGGACCGUAUCCGUCAGCUCCAUGAUGUCCAUGACGGCUCGCAUCCUCGCAGCCUCGAAGCCAGAGGGAGUUAUUCAAAGGAGGAUCAGAAUGUCGAUGUGCGCAAAACUCCCCACCUGAAGCAGAACACCCACACAAAUCAACAUCGUCCAUCGAAGAAUUUGCAACGGGAGUCAAAUGAUCGCGAACGCCAGGAUCCAGCUGCAUUGCAUUCAUCAGUUCACCCUCGAGCGCAGGAUGAAAAUAUCUACGCCACAACACCAGAUCGCCAGCCUAUCAAGCGGGAACGUCACAUAAGUUCUUCUGCUGCAUCUCAAAGCGAAACAGAUUUGGUGGACGAGUCGUUUUCAGACAAACGGCGGAGGAUUUUGCGAAAAGGCGACUGGGUCAGCAUUGGAUUUCAACGACCACCACAACUUGAUUUUGUUGCUUCCAAGAAUCAUGAGGAGAUUGGCAGAAGGAGAAGAGUGACCGACGGUCAUCGAGCACGGUACAACAAAAGCCUAAGACCACAUCCCCCUUCUCCUGCGGUUGGAAUUCAUCGCCCACCACCAGUCUCGCAAGAUCAAAUAGAACACGCAACACCACGGAACCCGGGCCAAUCAGAUGUCAAAAUAUCAAUUGGAGGUAGGAUCAUUCCACCUGGCAUUAGCUCAAGCUCCUUACCCAGCAAGAAAGCUAGUCGUAGUUCCGGGAGACAAUUCUCGCUCAGGCCGCCAUCGAAGUCUUCUUCUGAUAUUAUGCUUCUUGAUUAUCAAGGAAGAGGAUCGCAAGCUUUGGGCUCCCAUAGCCACUCAAAUGCAAGCCAGGACGACAAAAAUAUGCAGAAUAUUCCCAACGUUCAGGGACCCAGAUUUAGUUCCUCAUCGGCCUCCUUGCAGCAUCCAAUGCCCCAGAGCAGCAAAGUAUCUUCAUUACUGCGAAGUGCCUCUUCAAACAUAACAGAGAGCCUGAUAGCUCAUGUGGGAAAGUCGCGGCCUGUUGUUUCACCUUCUCAAUGGCUAGAGAAUGAAGCAUGGCAGACGUGGAUGGAGUCAGUUCUCCCUGCUAAUGCCUCCUUAGGUCGCGGCGACGCGAUAUCUGAAUACACACAAGGAGAAUAUCAUAGAAAUAUCAGCCCGGGAGUAAGUGCUGCACCGACGAAUGCGUUAGUCCGCGACGAGGCGACGCCUAGUACCAGCCACUCAACAGAUCAAGACGACUUUUCCCGAAACGAAACCGACCAAAUGAAUCCUUCUGAAGUUGAAGAUGCGUAUGAAGAUGAAGAUUUUGGCCAUGGCCUCGUGGAUGAUUUGUCUGAAGGUGCAGGUUCUGAUGAGAAUUUGGCUCAACCGAACGAUCCAACCGCUGAUAGUUCUCUUUUAUCAUCACCGUUACUUGCCAUGAAGUUCAAAAUGCCAUCGCCUAUUGGGGAUUCAGAAAGUACAAACUCUCAAGCAGCGCCCGAGUCGACGAAAUCUCCCUCAAUUGACAAAACAUGUCACCACUCGGAAGACUCGACAAACCGAUCACUGCAUGUCGACGCAACUCCGCCAGUAAGAGACAUAGCGCGUACUUAUGAAGAUGUGGUCGGGGUUGUUAAAGAUGUUCCUGAAUCGUUUGAUAUCAGAGUGGGGGACCCUUUCGGUCCCGAGGUGAUCGAGGAGAACCCUGGUGAUGAGAUCUGGAAGAGAAUAGUGUUCGGAAGUGAUAGUGAGCAAGUUGAUAUUUUUGCGAAAAGAAAUUUAGGACCUGAUUCGUUACGAGCUACUGGGACACCGCGAAGAGGUUUACGAGGAAGUGGCAACUCAUCUUCCUUUGUCGAGAGCUUAGCCGAGAUGGACGAGAACAAUUGCUCACAAUUAUACCCGAGACGUCAUCCAUCGGUUUCUGAUUUCAGAUCACAAAUCGUACGCGACGGAUCAUAUGAUACUGGUGCGGCUGAAUUGGAUCUCGGGCUUAAAAUAUCUGAACAAGAUAAGCGCUCAAUCAGGAAUUCGCAUAUUAUGAAUCGUUCUAGUGCGUACUUUGGUUCAUCGAGGUCGCCAACUCAGGCAACGGAACAGACACCCUCUAAUAAUCCACAAAGAGGAUCUAGCAGCAUUGGUCAGGAUUCUACUGUCUAUCCAAGAUCGAAAAAGCGGGUUGUUUUCACGAGAUCGACAUCUUCUGACAACGGAAUUUCGGAUUCGUGCAUAGGAGAACGCAUUCAAGAGUCUUUCGAUUCUGGACGCGCAACAGCCUUUUCAUCGUCGGAUUAA